AUGCUGACCGUGAAGGAAGAGAAAAGAAGAAAAAGGUUGAAAAACUUGGAGAAACAGCGAUUGAUACGCCGCCACACGCUCUUAGACAUUCCGUUUCCACCAAAGAGCAAAGUAUUAAACCGAAAAAAGAACUUUUUGAUGAUUGUAAGGAAUCCCAAGUUUAAGAAAUGUAGAUUUGGUAGAAAAUACAGGAACUACGUUUUUAUGGAGGGUGAUAAGCGGGCAUUGAAGGACAUGAAGAGGAAUUACGGCACAAACCUGGUUCAUUACGAGGAACGGGCGAAAAUGUUCGGUGAAUACGAAGUAAUUGAAGAGCUAGCGGAUGAUUUGGAAGGAUACAGGCGGUACAUCGACACUGAUACGUUCCGUUACGGUGAGCACAAUCAAGCAAGGUAG